AAUAGGUAUUUUAGUUUAUCACUAUUUUAUAUCCUUUAAAUCAAUUAGAGAUGAUAUAUGUAUUUUUGAUCAAUUUUGCCUCAAAGCGCAAUUCUCCUUUGAGAAAAAGUGGGCGACUGGCCAAAAUCCUCAGAAUUUAUCAACGCGUCAUUCCCAGAACACGCCAGAGCCACGCCCCCUAGUCCCUACCUUCCAUGUGUUGUGUCAUCAGCCGUGAUGUCCACACUCGCAGGGAAUUAAAGCUCAAACGUCUCCAGGUCUAUUAAAAAAUCCCAACUUCUGAUCCAACCACCAUCCUCCCCUUCUUCACCACCCAAAACAUGGAUGAUUCAUAGAAAUUAAGCUCCAUCCGAGAUGCCACUCAUUGUUGGGUGUCAUAGAGACUCCAGAGGAAGAUGGAAAACACAGAUGACCCUUGGAGGGUGAUAUCCUUGGAAUAUGAAGAAGAAUUCUACAUGGAGUUGCAAAUUUUCACAGGGUAACCUAUAAAAGGUGGAGAACUUAAUUAAUAAGGGAAGAAACAUGUGUGACACCAUGAAGCUCUUUGAUUCUCAUUGUCACCUCCAAGAUCCAAGAAUCUUGAACAUGGCACCACAACUGAUUGAAACAGCCCUUAAUUCUGGCAUAAGACAUUUUGCUGUUAAUGGAGUAUCUGAGAAUGAUUGGCAUUUGGUGAAACAAAUGAGUGACACCUAUCAAUGUGUAGUUCCAUGCUUUGGGCUUCAUCCUUGGUACGUUGCAGAGAGGACUCCCUUCUGGUUCAAUACUUUGAAGGAUUUCUUUCAUGCUACUCCUGCUGCUACUGUUGGAGAGAUUGGUCUGGACAAGGGCUCACGUGGAAGGGAAAUCAAUUUUGUGAAUCAGGUUGAAGUUUUCCAGCAACAGCUUGAACUUGCCAAAGAGUUGAAAAGACCAGUUUCUGUCCAUUGCGUUCGUGCUUUUGGUGAUCUUCUUCAGAUAAUGCAACAUGUUGGACCUUUUCCUGCUGGUGUGAUUCUUCAUUCUUACCUAGGAUCCGCUGAAAUGGUUCCUGAAUUUGCCAAACUUGGUGCUUACUUCUCAUUUUCUGGGUAUCUUAUGUCCAUGAAAGAACAGAAGGCAAAGAAAAUGUUAAGGACGAUACCUGUGGAAAGGAUUUUAUUGGAGUCAGAUGCACCUGAUGCUCUACCAAAAUCAGAUUUGGAUUCUCUGUUUUGGGUUGAAAGAGACUCUUAUGCUUCUAAAGAGCUUCAGACCAAGGACAUAAACCCAGCUUCAAGUUCAGGCAAUCUUUCUGAUAAUCCUGCUGCGAGAAAUAAAUCAGUACUGCCACAAGAAACACUUAAUCAUCCGGCUAACAUUCAUAGUGUGCUCCUUUAUGUCGCAUCUUUGCUUGAGAUGAGUAAGGAGGAGCUUGCAGAAAUAAGUUACAGGAAUGCCGUACGCCUGUUCUCUUUUGAGGGUUCAAAAAUAUCCCUUGAAGCUUAGUUUUUGUUUUUAAUUUCUUUACCAAAUCUAUAUGCAGAUUUGGAGUAAAAAUCUUUACCUCUGCUUUAAUGUGUAAUGUUUUUCCAUGAAUAUUUGUAAAACAGUAAUAGUGCAAUGCUUAAAUCCCGUUGAGGCCACUAGAUCUGAAAACCAAAUACAAACUAUUUAUAUUCAUCAAUGCAGUUUGAGCAUUUGAGCA